AUGGGAAGAUACACGGCUGUUCAUGCGAACCCAAACGGCGUUGGUGACGCCCGCCCAACCGCUCUUCAGAUCAUCCAAGACGAAGGCCUCGAAGGCAAGCUUGCGGGCAAAGUCAUCGUCCUAACGGGAGCCACCUCAGGCAUUGGUCUAGAAACUGCUCGCGCCCUCUCCGCAACAGGCGCAACACUGCUUCUCACCGCCCGCGACCGCAAGAAAGCCGAAGAAUCCCUCGCCGGCAUCCUAGAACCAGGCCGCGUCUCCCUGAUCGACAUGGACAACGCCAGCUUCUCCAGCACCCGCGCCGCAGCCCAACAAAUCCUCUCCCAAUCCCACGGCAAAGUAAACAUCUUCAUCGCCAACGCCGGCAUCAUGGGCCUCCCCGAGCUCAAGUUGACAGAAGACGGCCACGAGUCCCAUUUCGCCGUGAACCACCUAAGCCACUUCCUGCUUUUCCACCUGCUCAAAGAUGCACUGCUCGCCGCCUCAACACCAGACUUUAACUCGCGCGCUGUCUUCGUAUCAUCGUCUGCCCAUCGCGGUGGCCGACUACCACCCAGCGACGACUACUCCUUCCAGAAGACCCCGUACAAGCACGAAACCGCGUACGCCAACUCGAAGCUCGCUAACAUCUACACAGCUAGUUAUGUAGACCGGCACUACGGGUCCCGCGGGUUGCACGCUACGUCGCUUCAUCCUGGAGGUAUCCUGACCAACAUCGCGAGAUACUCAGAUCCAGCGGUCAUCGAGGCGAUCAAGAGCAUACCGCAUCUGAUCCCGUUGUUUAAGAAUGCUGAACAGGGGGCGGCGACGACGGUGGUUGCUGCUGUGGGAAAGGAGUGGGAGGGUAAGGGGGAAGUACUUGGAGGAUUGUGA